AUGAAAGCCACUUUACUCGUAUGUUCAACUGCUGAUUCAGGCUAUUGCUUCCUCAUCCAAGCAAAGAUUGAUGCUUUCUGGAAUAAAGACAAUGGUUUGGAGAAUUUCACUCUACACAUUUUAUCACUGAAUAUUUACUUCAUUCGCGUCCCUCGCUCUAGCACUGAAAGGAAGAAGGAUGCAUCUUGA